AUGGCUAUGCUUCCUUCUUCGACACAAGACGGCUAUCUUCCGUACCUAAUACUCUACCCGCGUGCGCCGUCCACGGUCAUCACCGGCUUCGGCUACUCGGCAUGGUGCUACUUCACGAAUCCAACGACAUCGCUCGCCGUGCUCCAAGGCCCGGGAAGCCCGCCCAUGGCUACCCUGCUGGCCCACGUGUACGGCGUCAAGAACGUCUACACUUGCCUGAUCCGGCUCUACGCCGUCUACCAUCUCCGCAACCAGCCGCUGUACGACCUGGCUAUGUGGACAUAUGCGGGAGUGAUCCGGCUAUACGUCACUGAGAUGUUAGUCUGGGAAACUGUGCGGCUAAGAGAGGGCUCUAUCGCACUCGCAACGGCUGGGCCUGCAUUUGUCUGGAUGUUUCUUCACAGGGGCUGGUAUCUUCACUGA